GGCAGGGGUGACCCUUUGUUCUGCUUUCAAAGAGUCAAACGCGGAGUUGGUGAUGUCUUUGUUUGGGCCCUUCACUUUUUCAACGGGCAACAUCCAAACGAAAAUUAUUCCUGCCAUUAACUCUCUCCCUCUUCUUAAUCUAUCCUGCUCCCCUCCCUCUGACUUUCCCCUCUCCACUUCUUGCUCUACCUUUAUCUGAAACAUCCACCUUCAACACCACCCUUAUCUACUCAUCAACAUGCAGCGUGCUGUGAUGAAGCGACAGAAGAAGCGCAAGGACAAGCCAGUCCCACCUCUAGAUCCGGUUCCAGUAAGUCUGCACUUACAACAGAGGAUUCCACAAGGGAGCUAUUGGAGAGCUUAACCUGCCCGCUUCUCUCACUUCAUCCUCCCCCCUCCCGGAGAUUCUCACUCCCACCUCCCCAGGAUCACCCCCGCUAUACCCGCAACAGUGACCCAUCAUACCAUAAACAGAUGGCUAACCAAGAAUCCCAGGAGUAUCUAGAGAGUCAGGGCCACAGAGAGGCAUGUCACCCCCCCGAGCACCUGGGCGCUGGUGAAGACAACAACCCACCUGCCAACGUUGCUGCUGCUCGAACAUUCCCAGCCGAGCUGUACAGCCACGGCGUCAUCAGGAUUGAAGAAAUUGAAGCCUGCGAUGGCCGCUGGGUAUUCGUUUCAUGUCCCCAGUCUACCGCAAAAUGCCCGCACUGCAUGAAUCAUGUCUAUCACAUCGGAUGUCUGAUAGUUUCCAUCAGCGGCAGACUCUCAACCUCCGGCACCAAACCGCGUUCCUCAAUCGGGAUCUUCUUCGGCCGCCAGAAUAAGAAGAACCUCUUCGCCGAACUAGACGGUGAAAAGCAUACGGCGCAGACCGCCGAGCUCAAGGCUUGUCUGGAAGCUCUUACUCGCGCUUUCGUCCUCCACGCCAACUGGCAGGUUGAGCCACCCAAGAACGAGGCGUGUUACCCACUGCAUACGCUCGUCAUCAAGUCGGACUCGGAAUAUGUGGUCAAAGGGGCGACCGAGUGGCUGCCGAAAUGGAAGGAGAAUGGCUGGAAGAAGAGCAGUGGUCAGGUUGUUGCGAAUGCGGAGCUGUGGCGGAUUAUUGAUGCGAUGCUCAAACAGCUCGAGUACGAUAUCAAGGUCCAGUUCUGGCUUGUUCCGCGGGAUAUGAAUCGGGUUGCAAGUGCGAUGGCCCAGCAAGCGCUCGGAAAGACCUAGGCCGCAGGAUGUUUCGGCAUCUUCAACGGAUUCUUCAGCUUUAGGAUAUGCUUUAUGCGUUUAUUACUUAACUUCCUAGUUCUAGGCCUUGGGC